UAAGCAGGUUUUGCGCAGCCAAUUAUCUCAAAGAUAACGCGAUAGUGCUUAGGCCUCAUCGAAGGACCGGAGUGCGACGUCUGAUGAUACAGUUGACGACAACCGUUUGAAGUGCCGGCUUUUCCUACUCAUUUUGCCUGGGUAAAGGGUGUGUCAAGCUGUUCCUUCUUUAUUUUAUGUUGACAAAUUACUCUGUAAUUUAAAAGAUUGUAUUCAUAUUUAGAUGGCAACAAAAUGGGGAAUUGCUAGUGCAGGAUUGAUCUCCCAUGAUUUUGCAACUGCUGUUGCUACCCUGCCAGCAAAUGAGCACAAACUUGUGGCCAUAGCAGCACGAGAUGCUGCUCGAGCCAAAGAUUUUGCUGCACGCCACAAUAUUCCUCAUAUUCAUUCUAGUUAUGAUGAACUUGCUAAGAAUCCAGAUGUUGAUGUUGUCUAUGUGGGAACUAUCAAUCCAUUCCAUUAUGAGGUAUCAAAGCUGAUGCUAGAGCAUGGAAAACAUGUACUCUGUGAGAAACCCCUCUGUAUGAAUCAAAAGGACACCAUUGAACUUUUAAAGAUUGCAAAGGAAAAGAAGUUAUUCUUCAUGGAAGCUAUUUGGAGCCGUUUCUUCCCUGCUUAUGAACAAGUGCGGAGAGAGUUGUCAGCUGGUGCAAUAGGAGAAAUUAUUCAGUUAAAUGCUGAGUUUGGAGUACACAUAGAAGCUGCUCGUGUUAAGCAAAAAGAUUUGGGUGGAGGUACCAUUCUGGAUCUUGGGGUGUAUGUCUUGCAGCUUGCUGUAAUGAUUUUUGGUCCCAAAAUGCCUUUGUCUGUGAAAGCUGUUGGUCAUUUGAAUUCUGAUGGAGUUGAUGACAAUGCAGCAAUUGUUUUGACUUACCCUGGAUCAAAGACAGCUUGCCUUUCUACAUCAUCACUGACAAAUAUGGAAAAUAAUGCUGUUAUUUAUGGCACAAAGGGUAGCAUUAAGAUUUGCCAACCAUUCUGGUGUUCUACAUCAGUAAUUUCUGGUGAUAAGACAUCAGAGUUUGUCCUGCCUGCUGCUGCUCAACCCUUUAAUUUCACCAAUAGCUGUGGCCUACGCUAUGAAGCAGCCGAGGUUCGCCGCUGUAUAAAUGAAGGAUUAUAUGAGAGUCCUAAAAUGACUCAUGAAGAAUCUCUUGUCAUAUCUAAACUUCAAGAUGAAAUUCGUGCUCAGAUUGGUGUUGUUUUCAAAACUGAUUCCUAAGGAAGACAAUUCUGAAAGCGUGGGAGCUCUCCCACUUCCAAACAAGUUGGCAUUGAGUGGUUAUUCCCUUUCAAUAUUGUUAUUUUUGGAUUUGAAGUUUAAGAGAAAAGUAUUAAAUAUUUUGUGAUUAUUA